AUGGUAUAUCGAGAGAAGGACAUUGAUGGCGGGUCGCCAACAUCAUUCGAUCGCGUCGAAACAGGAACCGCAUACGACGACACCCUUGUCUGCCCACCACACACAACCGAACGCAAACUAGUCAACAAGAUCGAUUUCCACGUUGUACCGUUCUUGUGUAUUCUCUACUUGCUCGCUUUCCUGGACAGAGUCAACAUCGCAAAUGCAAAUGUCGCAGGAAUGUCCGACGAGCUCGGCCUUGAAGGUCAUGAGUACAACAAUGCUCUUGUCAUCUUUUUCGCGCCUUAUAUCUUCUUCGAAAUCCCUAGCAAUAUCCUGCUCAAAAAGUUCAAGCCGCAUGUGUGGUUGUCGGCAUGCAUGUUCUUGUUUGGUCUUACAACGACAUUGCAAGGAGUCGUCACGAAUUACUCUGGCUUGCUGGCCACACGCUUCUUCCUAGGUACGGUUGAUCCUGGUCACAUGCUGCGUGCUAUAUUGCCAUCUAGAAGAUACAGCUUCUUCUUCUCAAGCACAACACUUGCUGGUGCCUUUGCCGGCCUACUCGCAGCAGCAAUUGGAAAGAUGGACGGUAUCGCAGGCUACAAAGGCUGGAGAUGGAUUUUCAUCCUCGAAGGAAUCCUCACUUGCGUUGUCAGCGCCUCCUUCUUCUUCGUGCUUCCCGAUUUUCCUGAAGAUAGCAAAUGGCUCACAGAGGAAGAGAGAACCUUUGUCAUCAACCGCCUUCGCAGCGAACAGGGUGCCUCGGCUGUGGAGCGUAAGAUGGGCAUCAAAGAUGUCGGCAACGUGUUCAAGGACUACAAAGUCUUCCUUGGAGGCUUCAUGUACUUUGGCCUGAUCGUGCCCGCCUACUCCUACGCAUACUUCUCACCUUCGAUCAUCAACGGCUACGGCUAUGGAAAGAUUCAAACACAAUUGCACAGUGUACCUCCAUGGGCCGCCGCCUUUGCAUUCGCCAUGAUCCUCGCCUACAUCUCCGAUAAAACACGCCAUCGCUUCGCUUUUGCCGUCUUUGCCAUCUGUAUCGCCAUCGUCGGCUUUGCAAUAUUGAUCUCCGUACACGACAACCGACCUCUCGAGUAUGCAGCUCUGUUCCUCGUGGCCAUGGGAGCUUACUCGGCCAUGCCGAUAAUUGUGUGCUGGUUCAACAUGAAUCUCGGUGGCCAUCAUCGCCGCAGCGUGGGCUCAGCGUGGCAAGUCGCUUUUGGAAACAUCGGCGGCAUCAUCGCUGUCUAUUGUUUCCUGAAGACGGAUGCGCCGCUGUAUACCAAGGGCUAUAGCAUUUGCAUUGCAUUCACUUGCUUGAGUGUGUUGAGCUGUAUUGCUUAUUACAUUGCUUGUGUUGCGCAGAAUAGGCAGAGGGAAAAGACGGUGACGGAUGUGGGGUUGACUGAGUACGAAAAGACGGAGUUGGGUGAUUUGAACCCAGAGUAUAGGUAUCUUGUCUAA